AUGCCCGUCCGUCAGGCAGCGUCGGUCACGGCGCCCGGCGUGCCCCCGGCCGGCGUUUGGUGCCCGGCGGUGACGUGCUUCACCGACGACGAUGACCUCGACCUCGAGGCGCAAGCCAAGUACUUUGCGCACCUGUCCAGGUCGGGCCUGGCGGGCCUGGUGGUGAUGGGCACAAACUCGGAGGCCAUGCUGCUCACGCGAGAAGAGCGCUCGCAGCUCAUCGCCACGGCUCGCCGCGCCGUCGGGCCCGCGUUCCCUCUCAUGGCCGGCGUUGGCGCGCACUCCACGAAGCAAACCCUCCAGCUCGCCGACGACGCGGCCGAGGCGGGUGCCGACUACCUGCUGGUGCUGCCACCGGCCUACUUUGGCAAGGCGACCACCAUGGCCACGACGAGACGCUUCUUCGCCGCCGUGGCCGCCGCCGCCGCGCUGCCCGUCGUCAUCUACAACUUCCCCGGCGUCUGCAACGGCGUGGACCUGGACUCGGACACCAUCACCGCCAUCGUCCGCGACAGCGCCGCGCGCAACCACGGCGUGUCGAGGGUCGUCGGCGUCAAGCUGACCUGCGGCUCCGUCGGCAAAAUCACCCGCCUGGCGGCGCAGCAUCGCCCCGACGCCUUUUCCAUCUUCGGCGGGCAGUCCGACUUUCUCGUCGGCGGCCUUGCUGCCGGCAGCGCCGGGUGCAUCGCCGCCUUUGCCAACGUGUGCCCGAGGCUGACGGCCGAGAUAUACCGCCUGUACACCGAGGGCUUGCGCCAGAGGGCCACGGAGCUUCAACAGCUCGCCGCGCUGGCCGAGAGCCCCUGCAAGGCCGGCAUCGCCGCCACCAAGUUCGCCGCCACCCUCGUGUCUGCCAGGCUGGCGGGCAUCGACGACGCCGAGGCCAAGUUCCGCCCCAGACACCCCUACGAGGAGCCGAGCGACGCCGCCAAGCGCUCUGCUCGAGCGGCCAUCAGGGAGGCUGCGGACAUGGAGGAAGUGCUGCAAAAGGCGGCCGCGUGA